AAUGCAUUACAAAAAGAUUGGGCAAAUAAUGUGGACAACUAUGCUCAAACAAGGGGUCAAGACAGCAACUUUCAUGAUUAAACCCCUCACAUUUUCACCAACCACACUCUCACCGCCACCACCGCCACCACCUUCACUCCUCCGCUCAUUUCUCCGGCCAACCACCACCAUGACCACAAACCAACAACCACCCACCAAUCUUGACGAAAUCUUCAAGCAAAAACGGACACUUCGAACCAAAGUCCGUAAGGCCCUUAAGUCAAUGGACCCAUCUCUUCGAUCUCAAGAAGACUAUGCAAUUCAGAGGUUGGUUUUGGAAGCUCCAUGGUUUAAGUGUAGCAAGAGAUUAUGUGCUUAUAUAAGUUGCAGUGCUUUACGUGAAGUUGAUACUUCUAUGUUGCUGAGGGAAAUUUUGCGAAAUUCCGAAAAAGAUGGUGGUGAUCAGACUGCGAAAAAGCUUUAUGUUCCGCGUGUGGAGGACAAGAAUAGUCACAUGCGAAUGCUCAACAUUUCAAGCAUGGAUGAUCUGAUUGCAAACUCUAUGAAUAUUUUAGAACCAGCUCCUGUAGAUAGUCUUGGAAAUUCACGGGAAGAUGUAUUGCAGGCAAGUGAUCCAGUUGAUUUACUCCUCCUGCCUGGACUUGCAUUUGAAAAAUCUGGAAAACGCUUGGGCCGUGGUGGAGGUUAUUAUGACACCUUUCUAAGAAAAUAUCAAGAGCUUGCAAAGGAAAAGAACUGGAAGCAGCCUCUCCUCGUUGCACUCUCUUACUCCGUACAAAUCAUGGACGAAGGGGAAAUACCUGUAACUGAACAUGAUGUAUUGGUGGACGCCCUUGUGACUCCAUCUGGAAUGAUUCCCAUUACCCCUUCUGCUUUAGAUAGAAUGCAGAGUUAGCACUGGACUUUCAAAUCACACUUUCACGCUUCUUUGAUGGAUAUCUUUAAAAUACUUAAACUGGUUGCGUUAUAGAACGGCAUAAUGAAAAUUGCGGUUUUAGGUUGUAUUUUCUGAGUGUAACCAGCAAACUUGAUGUAUCUGAAAAUUUACAGAUUGAAAGAUUGUCAUGCGUUGUUUUAUUUUGUUUCUCAAAAGUUUUUGGACAUACUUGCAUAAUGAAAUGGAAGUACUUACAGUUCUGAGUUA